GCCAUUGUGUUCCGGUAAGUGACAGAGGAAACGCACGCGGGUGGUUAUUUUCGUGUUUCCCUCUGGAUUUUUCACGAUUUUCUCACGGGAUUUAAAUCAAAUCCAGGCGAAAAUGUCCCACAGCAACGCACCCGACAGUUGGGAAUCUCAAGCCGAUAGUAACUCAAGUAACAGCAGCCCCAGUCACGCUACAGAUGUGGCAACCAAAUUUUCCACGUUGAACGUAAAUGCAGUUGAAUUUGUGCCUUCCUUUAGUUUUGGAUCUCAACAGGGCCCCGAUGAGACACCGAGCCCCAAGGAGACUGAAAGUAAACAGACUUCGCCCCAACACCAGCCUGUGGUAAACGGAACUCCAACUUCAUCGUCAUCUGAACCUCCCGAAGUAGAGGAGCCUCCGCCUGUUCCGCCGGCAGGAGCAGCAGGUGAUGGCAGCCCAACAGGAGCCGGUGGUACUUGGGAAGAUGUGGCUGAUGAAGAUAGUACAGCUUCUGGUGCUGCCCCAGCUACAACACCUGAAGAUGACGAAGAGGAGAUCUCCAGUGAGGAGGCUCCUAAACUUAAAAAGAAGAAAGUGGCAAAGAAAGUAGAGGUUGAAGAUAAAAAGGAACAUAUUAAUGUUGUGUUCAUUGGACAUGUAGAUGCAGGUAAAAGUACCAUCGGAGGUCAGAUUAUGGCCCUGACAGGUAUGGUAGACAAAAGGACAUUGGAAAAGUAUCAGAGGGAGGCAUGUGAAAAAAGUAGGGAGAGUUGGUAUCUGAGCUGGGCUUUGGAUACUAAUCAGGAAGAAAGGGACAAAGGCAAAACAGUUGAAGUAGGCAGAGCAUUUUUUGAGACUGACAAAAAACAUUUUACCAUUCUGGAUGCUCCAGGACACAAAAGUUUUGUGCCUAAUAUGAUUGGUGGAGCUGCCCAAGCCGAUCUGGCAGUGUUAGUUAUUUCCGCUAGAAAGGGUGAAUUUGAAACUGGAUUUGACAGAGGAGGACAGACCAGAGAGCAUGCUAUGUUGGCCAAAACUGCUGGUGUUAAAUAUUUAGUUGUGUUAGUUAAUAAAAUGGAUGAUCCCACUGUUCAUUGGGACAAAGAAAGGUACGACGAAUGUCGAGACAAAAUCCUCCCUUACCUAAAAAAGCUCGGUUUCAACUUAAAUAAGGACCUAUUUUUCCUACCUUGCUCCGGUCAGCUGGGUCAAAACUUAAAAGAUCCAGUGGACAAGUCCAUUUGUCCGUGGUACGAUGGAUCAGCUUUUAUUCCGUUCAUCGACAACCUCCCACCGUUAAAUAGGAAACAGGACGGUCCUUUUAUGAUGCCAAUUGUGGACAAAUACAAGGACAUGGGCACAGUUGUUAUGGGUAAAGUGGAGAGCGGCGAAUGUCGAAAGGGACAGAGUUUGGUUAUUAUGCCUAAUAGGACCCCAGUAAUAGUAGACAUGUUACUCAGCGACGACGACGAAGUCGGACGGGUAAUUCCUGGCGAAAACGUUAAAAUUAAAGUGAAGGGCGUCGAGGAAGAAGACGUCAGUCCCGGUUUCGUUUUGUGCGACGCCGUCAACCCUGUCCAUACUUGUAAAGUGUUCGACGCGCAGCUCGUCAUUAUCGAACACAAGUCGAUCAUCUGCGCCGGUUACAGUGCAGUUAUGCACAUCCAUUGCGCAGCGGAGGAAAUUACUGUUAAGGCUUUAAUUUGUCUGAUCGAUAAAAAAUCCGGAGAGAAGUCCAAGACUAGGCCGAGGUUCGUGAAACAAGACCAAGUAGCUAUAAUGAGAAUAGAAUGUGCCGGCGUGAUUUGUCUAGAACCCUUUAAACUAUUUCCCCAGAUGGGUAGAUUCACAUUAAGAGAUGAAAAUAGAACAAUUGCAAUUGGCAAGGUCCUAAAACUGGUGGAAUAAGUUUAUAGUGUAGGCAUUAAAAAAGGUAAUUGAUAUUACUCCUGAAAUCCGGAACUACGACACAACAAUAAUAAUUUAAAAAAAAAACGAAUACGGUGGCAUUUUUUCUAUUUUAAUUUUGGCACCACACAAUGUUCAGCUCAUUAUCAACAGAAGUUCGCGUGUACAUAACGUUGUUUUAUUAUUAUUUUUGCGAUAUUAGUGAUUUAUUUAUAUAUUCGCAUUCAUAUAAAACGGCCAAAUUAUAGUUAAAUAUUGUGAAAAUGUAAUUUAAUUAAAUUGUUUUUUUGGCCUUAUCAAGAGUUAUUAUAGGAUAUUUUUUUGCUUCGGUGAGGUUUGAUUUGGGGUGAUGUAUAUAUUUAUUGAUUUAUUCAAUUUUUUUUUCAAGCGCAAGAGUUAGGGUAAACCCACUGAUUCCACACCUAAUUAAUUUAGAGCUGUGAAGUUAUAUUUUAUUUUUAGACAAUUGAGUUUUUAUAAUGUGUAAAAGGUGUCAACUACUGCUAUUAUUUGUAGUGACCCUAUAAAUAAAUUUCUAAUUCUUUAUCUGCUUUGCUGUAAAACUCAUGGUUCCUCACAGUUAUGGGUAAAUACUUUGUUUUUUAAUAUAUUCUUUUAAAAUUGUCUUGUUUUUAAUUCAAAUCGCUGUUUGUUCUUAAUUUUGAGACGUUGUUUAUUACAGAUCUGUAAACCAAUUGGGCAGAUAAAGGACUAAGACAUUUUCGUUCAUUUCUCAUCAAAAACUAUUUUCGUUUAAUAUUGUGUGGUGUACGCCCGCAUCUAAAAAAAAUAUAAAAUUACAAGAUUUUUAAAUUAUUGUUUUUCUUGGAGGUUAACUUCCACAAGAGAGAUGGAGGUAUUUUCUUAAUUAUUUAUUACUUAAUUAUUGUUUUCUAAUUCUAAAGUUCGCUUUAAUUGUUCCAAAGGCAAAUUUUUAAAUCUGUUAUUAGAAGCAAUAAGGUAGAUCUUCCCGAGUUUUUACAAACAUCAGAAUUCAACAUUUUUGUGCCUUCAUAAAAAAAAACUUGUAAAAAGUGCUUGUUUUUUACUAAAUAUACGCUACGCAGUUGGAAAAAAGUAUCACGGAAUUGCUACACUUUAUUGGUGCUACAAUGAUCUUUGAACAAAGAAAAAUACCUUCACCUUUAAAUUAAAAUUUAUUUUAACAGGUGACAACUUUUUACACUUAUUUUGUUUUAAAAUCUAUUUUUUAUUUAAAUUAUUAACAUAGUAGAAUCGAAGAAUGUUUGUGAUACUUUCAUAGGACACAGUAGCUCGCCCAAAGAAGUGUAAAAGGUUGCAUUCCUGAUCCCGAAAUGCCUUUAAAUAUUAAAAAAAGUUUUACAGCCGAAACGUUCACUAAAAAAAAAAGUGUUACAUCUCGACGAAAUUCAGUGUAGCCUUUUUGACAAGUUCUUAAAAAAAUGUAAAUAUUAAGAGAGUUUAUAUUUUCGUUACGAAAGUGACGAAAAAUUUGAAAUUAUAUUUAGCUUACGUUGUAAUAAUAUUUGCAAAACGUUUUGUUAACUUAAGUUUUGUUUUUUAGUCUUUUAUAAUUAUUAUACAAUUAUUAAGUAAUCAACAAAUAACGUUGCUAUCAAUUUUAUAUAUCAAUAAAAUUUAAAAUUGUAAA